AUGUUUUAUUUGCUCUGCUUAUUUGCCUUAGGAUGCUCAGCAUUAUAUGAAAACUGCCCUUACGUGAACCACACAGCUAAAGAAGAGCUUGCCAAGAUAAUAGAAAAUCCAGAUUUUAUGACAGUUGACAUCAUUUACGAUCGAGAAGGCGUGUCUUCAAAAGCCCUUGCUGAGGUUGUUGAGCAAGUUUUAGUGAAACUCCACAAUUUUGUCAGGGUCUAUGCAAUUGAUUGCACAGAUGAUGAAAAACUGUGCCCAGAAAAAGUAAAAGCAGAGUUACCCAUUUUUGAAGCUCAUGUCCCAGCUGGGUUAAACCCAUAUACAGGAAAGCCUCUAGUCCACCAAAGAAGAUUUGAAGGCCGAAUUGCAUAUAAAGAAAUCUCAGACUUUUUAUUGACAAAUAUCCCAUAUUUGGGUGAAGAACUCAAUGAAGACAAAGAAGAAUAUUUAAAAGAAAAAAACUUAAACCACGUGAUUUUGUUUACCAAUAAAGAUAAAGCUCCUGUGAUGUAUAAAGCACUUACUUCACAAUUCAGAGGCAGAUUGGAGUUUUGGGUGUCUCUGCUAGGAGAAAAUGAAUAUGCAAAGAAAUUUGGAGUCACUGAGUUUCCGACGAUUUUGGUAAAAGUUGGGGAGGAAGCUGCGAAAUAUCCAGGGAAAAACGACUUUUUUGAUAUUUCUAAAUUUUUAGAACAAUAUGCAAAAGAAAGACAAGAGCUAAAACUCAGGAAAAAAGCACCAAAACAAAAGCAGCAAGAUGUACCUGAAAUCCCAGAAAUUCCUAUUUUGAAUUUAGACGCUGGCAAUUUCAAAGAAAAGCUGGAAGACGGAAAACUUGCAAUUGUCCACUUUUAUAAAGAAAACCAAGUUGCUGAAUGGGACGAUAUCAAAAAAAAUUACAACGGUGUCGUUUUGCUUGCAAAUUUUCAUUGCGGAGGUGGAGCAGAAGAAGAUCUUGCAAAAUCACUAGGAGUUAAAAAAUUUCCAUCAUUAAGAAUAUUCCCAAGCAAUCGCAAACGCAAGAGCUUAGAACUCGUGUUUUCAGACCAAUAUGAGCUGGAAGACGAGAUUGCAAGAGAGCUUAAGAGCGAUAUUAUUACUCUUGCAGACGCAACUGUCAACAGUUUUGUGCGCACAGUAGGUGAAGAACAAAAACUUGGAUUACUGUAUUUAUCAGAAAACUCCCCAAACCUUUAUUUCAGAGGACUAUCUGCUGAUCCAGCCUUCAAGGAUUUCGUUAAAUUUGGCUUUUUCAAGAAACCAGAAGCGGAAUCUAGAAAAAUAUUUACCACCAGCAGAUUCCCUACAAUAGUUGCUUUUUCAACUCCAGAUGAAACUGGAAAUUACAAAAUUCUUGAAUAUACAGGGAAUCUAAAUGACUAUGCACAAAUGAGCUUCUUUUUAGACAAACAAGCUAUCCCAUAUAUGCUUAAACGCGAAAUUAGUCAAGAAAUAGAUGAAGACAGUGCUGACAUUGUGGAAUACACAAGUAAAAAUUUUGAAAAAGCCUGUGCUAAAAAAGUUGGUAUGUGCGUUAUUGGCUUUUUUGAAGGAAAUCCAGUAAGUUUUAUAUAGGAAAACAACCCUGCCCAAUUUUCUGUAUUUAAGAAAGUAAGUCUUUUAAUGGAAAAACGAAAAAUUCCUUUUCAUUUCGGCUGGGUAGAUGGUAUUUGUCAAUAUGAGCUUAGAGAAAGCUUUGGAAUCUCAGAAGCAAUGAUGCCUAAUCUGGCUGUUUAUUUCCCUAGUAAGCAAAAAUCUGCAAGACUUGUAGGGACUUUUAAUGAAGAAGACUUAAAUUCUUUCUUAGAAGGAGUUACAAGAGGUAAAGUGGCAACUGACGAUAAGGCAAAAGUCCAAGUAGUUGAAAGAGAUUGCAAAGAAUUCCAUAAUAGCUUGAAACAACAGAGCGAAGAAGGAAAUGAUGAACUAAUUGCAGAAAUCCUGAAGGAAGAAGAAGAAAGAAAGAAAGCUUUAGGCAUUGGAGAAAGCACAGGAAAGAAAGGGAAACGCAAAAAGAGAAGAGGAGUCAGCAAAGCUGAUGAUUUAUAA